AAACUCUACAAUAAAAAUGAAGGAAAGCUGGAAAAUGAAGAAAAGCCAGAAGAUGAAGUAGAUACAGAAGAUGAAGGAAACUCAAAUGAGGGAGAAAAGCCAGGAGUUGGGAAGCCAAGGCACAAGGGGAAGCACCAGGAAGAGGGAGAGCCAGAUGACAAGAUUAAACAAGAAAAGCGGGGCAAAUCUGAAAGUGAGGGAAACCCACACAGUGAGGGCAAGCCAGAACCCCAAGCAGAGAGCCAGCCACAGGCUGCUGAAAAGUGCCCAGCUGAAGAUUAUGUGCCCCAUAUAGCAAAGAAGAAAACAGACAGGGGAAUGGAUGAUUCUCCCAAGGGCUAUUAGGAGGACUUACAAGAAAGGCACUUGGGUAGUGAGGAGAUGAUGACAGAAUGUGAAGAUGUGUCAAGGGCUCAGGAAGAGCCAAGGAAAAAAGAGAAACACUCGUUGAGUGGUUUUCAUUGGAUGCAAAGAGAUGUACAGGAUCCAUUUGUACCAAGGGGCUUAUGGGGUAUCAUCAGGGCAGUGAGGGGCAGAGGCAGGGGCUAAAGGGGCUUACAUGAUAUCCUAUAUCAUUAA